CUGACAGAGUCGAAAAUUUAUUGCAUAUGGAGUUCAAAGAUUUGCUUGCUGCCUUUUUUGGCCGAAUUAAUACACCGUCACGAGACCAAGUCAAUCAAAACGCGUGCCAUAAGAUGUAUGCUAUUCCCAGCUGAUUAAACAUUGAUUAAAUGGAACCCUACGGAAACCGUUCCAGUCGCCCUUGUUCAUCAUUCCCAACAUGUUGGUCAAUCUCUCCUUACUGUUCGUCCUGUUGGGUGGUAUUAUUCAUCUCAGUGAAGCUCAGACAACAGAUUGCUCGAAUACGUGUAUGCUUCGAGCAAGAUGCACUCCCUACUAUAAGGAUCUGGUCUGGUCAGUGGUGGAUCGCGUUUGUCGCGUCUUUCAGAACGGUUGCAUCUUUGCCAAUGAAAAUUGCAUGAGAGCCAAUCGCUGCUUGCCACCCAUGGUAGCCACUACGAAGGAGGAGUGUACGAAGGAGAUCUACUGUCCAAGAUGGUGUUCUCGGGGAGCACCGCGGGUCUGUGCCUGGUUUCCCUAUACAGACAGUAAUGGGAAUACCGGCGGUCGAGACAUGACAUUCGGAAGUCGCUGUCUACUAGAUAUGUACGCCUGCCGUCAUGCAGAAGCGUAUGUCAACGAACCACGGAUUGGAUCAUGCACAUAAGAUGUCAAAUUAAAUGAAUAUUUACCAAUAAAUGCGAGCUAUAUUGUAUGAUUUUUUAUUUAUACAAGUGGUC